GCCAAAGUUUCUGGCGUUGCGACGCCACGAAGGAGAGAGAAGAAGGUCGACAAAGGGAAAGAGGAGGAUAUCGUCAAACGGCUGCAGCAAAUUUGUACAGACGCUGACCCGACGAGGUUGUACCGUAAUCUUGUCAAGAUCGGACAAGGUGCAUCUGGUGGUGUGUACACGGCAUAUCAAGUGGGCACGAAUCUGUCAGUGGCUAUCAAACAGAUGGAUUUGGAGAAGCAGCCCAAGAAAGAUCUGAUCAUCAAUGAGAUUCUGGUAAUGCGGUCGUCGCGGCAUCCGAAUAUCGUCAACUACAUCGACUCCUUCCUUCAUAAGAAUGACCUGUGGGUGGUCAUGGAGUACAUGGAGGGCGGCUCGCUCACGGACGUCGUAACCGCCAACUUGAUGACGGAGGGCCAAAUUGCGGCUGUGUCGAGGGAGACGUGCCAGGGUUUGGAGCAUCUGCAUAGACAUGGCGUUAUUCAUCGUGAUAUUAAGAGUGAUAAUGUCCUUCUUAGCAUGGUGGGGGACAUCAAACUCACUGACUUUGGUUUCUGCGCUCAAAUUUCGGAUCCUGCGCAUGCGAAACGAACUACUAUGGUGGGCACGCCGUAUUGGAUGGCACCGGAGGUAGUGACUCGGAAAGAGUAUGGACCCAAGGUUGAUAUUUGGAGUUUGGGCAUUAUGGCAAUAGAAAUGAUCGAAGGAGAGCCUCCAUAUCUAAAUCAGAACCCUUUGAAGGCAUUAUACCUUAUUGCGACAAACGGGACACCCACCAUUGCGAAUCCUGAAAACUUGUCAUCGGUGUUCAGCGAUUAUCUAGCCAAGACGCUUGAAGUUGACGCUGAGAAGCGGCCAAAUGCUACGGAGCUUUUGCAGCAUCCAUUCUUCAAACUUUCAGAGCCCCUGCGUACAUUGGCUCCGCUGAUCAAAGCCGCCAGGGAAAUCGCCAAGAACAAAUAG